UCGGCAGGAAUAUCCCAGCGGCCAGCUCUUUGCGCUCCGAUUUUCUUUACGUUGAUGUCUGAAACCCCCAAAGGAACGAAGAAGAUGAGUCUUGUCACUGAUUCUCCCGUCAACUCAUCAAGUAGCGAUGAUUUUGCAUCGUUUCUCGAUGCGACGCUUGAUUCGGACUUUGCAGAGUCAUCACCAGAAGGAGAAGCCGAGAAUGAGGAUGAUGACAAGGACGAUGAUAAUUUUGAGAACAAGAGGAUAAAGCGGUGCAAAGUUGAGAAUUUGGUGACUGCAGAGGAAUCUUCUGGAUCAACUCUGCGAGCAUCUGGGAAGGAAAAAAAAAUUUGUGAAGAGGAAUCAACAAAGAAGGAUGCAUGUACGCAUCCUGGUUCUUUUGGAGAUAUGUGUAUCCUCUGUGGUCAGAGGUUGGAAGAGGAAACUGGCGUGACCUUCGGCUACAUACAUAAGGGAUUGAGGCUUAAUAAUGAUGAAAUUGUUAGACUGCGAAGCACAGACAUGAAGAACUUGAUACGCCAUAAAAAGCUUUGCUUGGUUCUUGAUCUUGACCACACACUCUUAAAUUCCACGCGACUUGUAGAUCUGUCAUCAGAGGAGCAAUAUUUGAAGAGCCAAGCGUUUUCUCCUCAAGAUGCCUCUGAAGGAAGCCUCUUCGUGUUGGAAGCCAUGCAUAUGAUGACGAAGUUAAGGCCAUUUGUCCGAAACUUUUUGAAGGAGGUGUACAAUUUAUUCGAAUUAUACGUCUACACGAUGGGGGACCGACCCUACGCUUUGGCAAUGGCAAAGCUUCUGGAUCCCAGAAGAGAGUAUUUUGGUGAUAGAAUAAUAUCGAGGGAUGAUGGCACCCUGAAGCAUCAAAAGGGUCUUGAUGUGGUGCUGGGGCAAGAAAGUGCUGUUCUCAUCCUUGAUGAUACUGAAAAUGCAUGGAUAAAGCAUCACAAGGAAAAUUUAAUACUGAUGGAGAGAUAUCAUUUCUUCAGAUCAAGUACUCAUCAGUUUGGAUAUAAUUGUAAGUCCCUGUCUGAGUUGAAGAGUGAUGAAAGCGAGACUGAAGGAGCUCUUGUGACGGUUCUAAACGUUCUUAAACAAGUGCACAGUAUGUUCUUCGAUGAACGUGGGAUUGAUCAUAUUAUUAGAGAUGUGAGGCAGGUGUUGAAAACCCUUCGGAAGGAAGUCCUGAAGGGCUGCAAAAUUGUUUUCAGCCGUGUCUUCCCCACCGAAUUCCAGGCCGAGAAUCACCAGCUAUGGAAGAUGGCAGAACAACUGGGCGCGACAUGUGGAAUAGAACUCGAUCCGUCAGUGACUCAUGUUGUUUCAUUGGAUGUCGGAACUGAGAAGUCCCGUUGGGCAGUGAAAGAGAACAAGUUUCUAGUCCAUCCGAGGUGGAUUGAAGCUGCAAACUAUAUGUGGAAAAGGCAACCUGAAGACAACUUUUCAGUUAACCAAGUGAAAAAUCAAUGACCAAAUUCUUUCGUUCUGCUAACCCUCUCUAGUUAUGACAGUUAUAGAGUUCACCAUUUUGCACUGAUAGUCUUGUUUUUACUGAGUCCUAGGUUCAUGUUCAUUGUAAAUUUUAGACUGUUACUGUGAUAGGGCUCAAUUUGGAAUGGUUGCACAAUUAGAACAUAUUUUGGCUUGCAGAUUUCCAGAGUAACCGUGUAAUCCUACUUUGAUAGUACAACAUAUAGCAUACACUUCUUU